AUGGAGGCCAAUCCGUACUCCGACCCGGAGAGGUCGCUGAGACGCGUGUGCGCGCUGACGGUGCUGCUGUGCGUGUGUCCGCUCUUCUGCCAGGCCAGUUGGAUGCUGCUGGCCGCGGACGGGUCGGGGGAGCGGCGCGCCCGGGACGACGACGGCUGCCGCUCGCCCCCUUUGAGCGCGGAGCAGCGAGACGUCUGUCGCGAGAGAAGCUUCCUGGCGCCCAGCAUCCGCGCCGCCGCCCGGCUGGCCGUCGGCGAGUGCCAGAACCAGUUCCGACACGAGAGGUGGAACUGCUCAACCGGCCGCGGCUCGGCCGUCUUCGGACGCGAGCUCACCAGCGGAACCAAAGAGACGGCCUUCCUGUACGCGGUGAUGGCGGCCGGCCUGGCGCACGCCGUCACCCGCUUCUGUAGCCACGGCAACGCCAGCGAGUGCGGCUGCGACGGGCGUCCGCCGGGGGCCCCGGGGCCGGCCGACGCCUGGCACUGGGGCGGCUGCUCCGACCGCGUCCAGUACGGCGCCCGGUUCAGCCGCCGCUUCCUGUCCGACGGGACGCGGGCGCACGCCCUCCGCCGGAUGAACGCGCACAACAGCGAGGCCGGCCGGCAGGCGGUGGUGACCACCAUGUCGACGGACUGCCGCUGCCACGGCGUGUCGGGCUCGUGCGCGGCCAAGACGUGCUGGCGGACCGUGGCGCCCUUCGGACGCGUGGGCGCCUUCCUGAAGGAGCGCUACGAUCGCAGCGUGCGGCUGAAGAGGAAGGAGCUGCGGACGCGCCCGCCGCCCGACAAGCACCAGUUGAUCUUUGUCAACGAGUCGCCCAACUACUGCGUGGAGGACCGGCGCGGCGGAGUCCUAGGCACCAGGGGGCGGCGAUGCAACCGCACCUCCGGCGGCCCCGACGGCUGCAAGCUGCUGUGCUGCGGCCGCGGCUACAACACGCACGUGGAGCGCCACGUGCGCAGGUGCGCCUGCAAGUUCGUCUGGUGCUGCUACGUGCGCUGCCGCCGCUGCGAGAGCAUGAGCGACACGCACGCCUGCAAGUGA